AUGGCUACCCAGUUGAGCCCGGGUUUCUUUGCUCGUCGUACGCUUGUUGUGCCCAAGCACUCAGUCUCCAAAGACAAUGAUGCACUCAGGAUCGGUAUCCUCGGGGCUGCAAACAUCGCGCCCGAUGCCCUAAUUUACCCUGCCAGAAGCAUCCACUCCAUCGUCGUGGUCUCCGUCGCUGCUCGUGAUCAGACCAAAGCAAAGGGGUUUGCUGCAAAGUAUGACAUCCCCAACACCCAUCCUACAUACGAUGCCAUUAUCAGCGACCCCAACAUUGACUGCAUCUACAAUCCUCUGCCAAAUGGCCUUCAUUACGAGUGGACGAAGAAAGCGCUUGAGGCUGGAAAGCACGUCCUACUCGAGAAACCCGCAGCAUCGAAUGCAGUGCAGACCCAGGAGCUAUUUGCUCUUGCCAAGGAAAAGAACUUGGUACUCCUGGAAGCCUUCCAUUACCGCUUCCACCCUGCGUCGAUCCGUUUCCGCGAGAUUUUGCAGACACACAUUGCGGAGGGUCAUCCAGUGAAACGUGUCCAGGCCAGGAUGUCGUUUCCCUGGGUCUUUCCAGCAACAGAUAUUCGGUUCAAUUGGAAACUGGCUGGGGGCGUCUUGAUGGACUGCGGCUGCUAUACUGUCAACUCUAUCCGGUACUUUACAGGACUCGAAGUCGAGAGUGUCGAGAACGCAAAGCCCAGGAUAGUUUCAGAAAACAUUGACGGACGCAUGGAUGCUGUCUUGAACCUGAAGGGCACCCACAGUCCAGGUGUGCAGGCUUCAAUGACAGCCAGCUUGACCAACUCGUGGCUGUCUCUUCAGACAUAUCGUGAGGCCAUUCCUACGUUCACAGCAGAGACUGACGAUAAGAUCUUUACCUUUGGCGUCUUCGUAAUGCCUGGAAUCUACCACUACUUCACGAUCAAGGACAAGGCUUCGGGCAAAACUGAAAACCUGUCCAAGGAGUAUGGCGAAGGACACUCCUCAUAUAAGUACCAGCUCGAUGCGUUUAUCAAGGCCGUCAAGGGCGGUGGCCAGGGCACGAGUUCCAUCGCCGGAUGGGUAACUAGUGAGGACAGCAUCCUGAACAUGCAAGCCAUUGACUCUAUCUAUAAAGCUGCCAAUAUGAAGGUCCGCGAGUGA